AUGAACUCCACAUCGUACUGGGGCGCCAGCACAGUGACCACCCCCGCCCUGAAGGACAGCACUGUGGUCAUGCGAACCUGCAGCAGCACCAGGGCAUGUCAACCCUCCAGCACCAACGAAGUUCAGGAGAACGUCCCAAAGAAGCAGAGAAAAGUGAAGAAGAGAGUCAUGUGGGGUGUCCAGGUGGCUGAGGAGCUGUGCUGGAGGGGCUGGGAGCUGGGGAAGGAGAUGACCAGGAUCCUGAAUCUGAAAAACCUAUCCCUGACCGUGGAGAAGCUCACGUACAGUUCUCCCAAGACAAAGUUCUUCUCCACAGUUAUCCCUCAGCCCAUCUUACUGAGCCCAGGCAUUACCUUCUCCCUCCCCAUCUUCUUCCGGCCAGUGGAGAAGAAGGAAUACAACGACCAGCUGUGGUUUGAGAAAGCAGAAGGGAAGUUCUGUGUGAACCUGCGGGCCAUGCUGCCGUGUCACAGGCUGAGGUGCCCACCAUCCCUGCAGCUGCCCAUGUGUGCCUUGGGGGACACGGCUGAGGCCUCGUUCAGCUUGGAAAAUGUGGGAGACCUGCCGACCUUGUUUAGCUGGGAGGACUCCAAACCCUUCCAGAUGCUGCCUGCCACUGGGCAACUGGAGGUGGGCCAGGCCUGCCAGAUCAAGGUGACCUACCAGCCACUUAUGGCUGUCAUCUACAAAGUGCCAGCCACAUGCUGCUAUGGGGUUGAAAACAGGCAGAAGACCACCAUCCAGCUGCAGGCUGUGGCCAAGUGCGGCCAGCUGCUGGUGGGCAUAAAGCAGAAGCGGCUGGAGGACGGGGAUGGGGAGGGCUGCCAGAAGGUACUGCACUUUGGCUGUGUCCCCGUGGGCUGCACCGCAGAGAGGAAGAUUGAGCUGUUCAACCCCUCCGAGGUGAACGUCCCCUUUCGCAUCGAAGUGGCUCGGGAUCGGGACACUCUGAUCCAAGACCAGGCCUUUUUGUGUGACAUGAGUCUGGGUGUUGUACCCCCAAGAAAGAAGGAGUACGUGUCUGUGCUCUUCCAACCCAAGACCCUGGACUCGAGAACUGUGGAUUACAUCUCCAUCGUGCAUUCGGACUGUACCUCCCAAAACCCGCUCAAGGUUGUGGGCUUCUGCAAAGGUCCGGCUGUGUCUCUGCAGCAUGAGCACGUCAACUUCGGCUGUGUCACCCUUGGCUCAAGCGUGAAGAAGACCCUGUGGAUUGAGAACAAGGUGGACUGCACCGCCUACUUCCAGUUUGCCAUUGAUUGUCAGGAGAGCGUCUUCAGCAUCAGCCCCGUCUUGGGGACCCUGGUGGGCAAGACCCGCAAGACCCUGCUCUGCACCUUCCAGCCGACUCACCCCAUCAUCUACUUCCGAAGGGUGACCUGUCUCGUCCACCACCAGGACCCAGUGUUCCUGGACCUGCUUGGGACAUGCCACUCAGACAAAGUCAAGCCAGCCAUCUUGAGGCCCCAGCACCUGACUUGGUACCGCACUCACCUGGCACAGGGCCUGGCGCUCUACCCUCCCAACAUCCUGGGUACCAUGUUGAACGAGAAGAAGCUAGAGUUGGAUGAGAAUGGGGCCCUCAAGAUCCCCCCUGAGGACCUGGAGACCAGACCACUCCAGCAGUAUGCUGCCAUCUGUCACAUGACUGAGAACCUCUGUGACAGAACCAGGGACAUGACCACCUUCCCCCUGCCCAUCAGCAUAGAGCCCACGGAGGUGGACUUUGGUGCCUGUCCGGGGCCCAAACCCCCCAACCCUGUGCCCCUGCGCCUGAUUAACUACACCAAGGGCAAAGUCACUGUGGUAUGGACACACAGGCCCGACUGUCCCUUCUGGGUGAGCCCGGCCACCUGCGACGUGCCCCCGCUCAAGUCCACGGCCCUGCGUCUACACUUCCAUCCGCACCCCAACUGCCUGUAUGCCAUGGAGCUGGAAGCCUUCGCGCUUUAUAAGGUCCUGCAGACAUACAGUUACAUCGAGGAGGACUGCACAGUGUGCCCGUCCUGGUGUCUGACACUCAGGGUACGAGGCCACAGCUUCAGCACUGCCUUGGAGCACCCUGUCCCCCAGUACUCACUAGAUGCCCCCACGCUGUUUCCUGCUGUGUCUCCUGGAAAACCUUCCUACCGAACCCUGCUCCUCAUCAACAUAGGCACCAUAGGGAUGACCUUCAACUUGGACCGCAAAAGCAGCUCAGACAUCAGCCUGCGACCCACCUCAGGCCUCGUGGCCCCCACGAACCACCAGAUCUUCCUCAUCUGCACCUACCCCAAGGGUAACUCCUGGAAGCAACACCUUCUCUACCUGCAGUUCAACUUCUACCCCAAGUUUCUCAAGGAGGUGAGCCUGCACAGCCGGGAGGAGCCACUGCAGAUGAACCUGGACACCUCCAAGAACAUCUUCUUCAAGCCCACGUGGGUGGGCUGCUCCUCCACCAGCCACUUCACCAUACAUAACCCCACACGUCUGCCCCUGGAGUUUGAGUGGAGGAUCUCCGAGCAGCAUCGCAAGAUGCUGGCUGUCCAGCCCAGCCGGGGCCUCAUCCAGCCCAAUGAGACCAUAACCCUGACAUGGACCUUCAGCCCUCUGGAGGAGACCAAGUACCUGUUCCGAGAGGGGAUCUGGAUCUGCAAAGUUGGCUUGCCCCCAAACACCAGGUCCCCCAACACCAUCCACUACAUGCUGCGGCUGGUGGGCAUGGGUAUCACCAGCAGCCUUUCUGUCAAGGAGCCCGAGCUGCACUUCGGGAGCAUGCUGGUGAACAGCACACAGUCCCGGGUCCUGGUGCUUCUGAACAAGGGCAACUGCACCCUCUAUUACCGCUUGUUCCUGGAGCAGUCCAGUCCCCAGGCUGUCAGCAGCGACCCCCUCGAUCUGCAGCUGGAACGGACGGAGGGGAGCAUGCCACCCUGGUCCCAGGACCACAUCAGCCUGGUGGCCUGCCCCAAGCUCCGGGCCCAUUACUCCUGGACCAUCAGCUACGCACUCCUCUCCAACAGAGAUAACAAGAUGGGGCAGAAGUGUGAGCUGUGUCGGGUCUCCCUGGAGGGCGUGUACCCCCUGCUCUCUGUCCUGGACAUCUAUGCCAUGGGCAGCACCGAGGGUAUCACCCGGAAGCAUUUGUGGCAACUCUUCUCCCUGGACACACUCAACAGUUACUUGGGGCGUGACCCCACCCCCCAGGAGCUCACCUACAAGGUGCCCACCCGUCACAGCACAAGCCAGAUCCCUCCCAUCUUCACCCCUUUAAAGCUGAACUUCAACUUUGGGGCUGCACCACUUGAGGCCCCGCCCUCUGUGGUGCUCCUGGCCCUGAAGAACAGUGGAGUGGUGCCCCUGGACUGGGCCUUCCUCUUUCCCAGUGACCAGCAGAUUGACAUGGAGCUGUGGGCGGAGCAAGCAGCGUUAAACUGCACUGAACUGCACCAGAUGCGUGUGCAGGACAACCACCUCUUCUGCAUUAGCCCCAAGGCUGGCAAGCUGAGUCCCGGGCAGGAGCAGGUGGUGGAGUUCAAGUACAGCCACCUGUUCAUUGGCACCGAUCGCCUCCCAGUGCUCUUCAAGGUGUCCCAUGGCCGGGAGAUCCUGCUCAAUUUCAUAGGUGUGACAGUGGAGCUGGGGCAGAAGUAUGUGCAUUUUCCCUCCACCAGCCAUCAGUUUGCCCCCAUCCCCAUCAGCGACACGAUGCCCCCACGGCAGAUUUAUGAGCUGUACAAUGGGGGCUCGGUGCCUGUGACAUAUGAGAUCCAGACCAACAUCCUACUACAGAUUCAGAAACAAAACUUUGACCACCCCAUCUUCUGCUGCCUCAACCCGCAAGGGGAGAUCCGGCCUGGUACAACUGCCCAGAUCCUUUGGAUAUUCUCACCUAUUGAAGCCAAGACCUACACGGUGGACGUGCCCAUACACAUCUUGGGGUGGAACUCAGCCCUCAUCCGCUUCCAGGGGGCAGGCUAUGACCCCCAAGUCAUGGGAGACGCAGCCCCAUUCCAGCACACCUCCUCGCUGGACAACAGCUCCACCCACGUUCGGCUAAUGGUUCCUGGACAGACUGUCUUCCUGUCCCAGUCCCAUAUCUCCCUGGGAAACAUCCCUGUGCAGAGCAAAUGCAGCCGCUUGCUGUUCCUCAACAAUAUCUCCAAGAAUGAGACGAUUGUCUUUUCUUGGCCGACGAAGCUGCUUGACUUUGGGGAGGUGUCUGUAAGCCCCAAGGUAGGAGAGGUGGCUCCUGAAGGGACAGUCCCAUUUGUGGUGAUGCUGAAGGCUUCAGUACAUCCUGGUUUCUACAGCAUGGACCUGGUGUGCAAGGUGUACCAGCAGAAACUCCUGAGACAGUACCAGAAGGAAUUACAGAAGUGGCAGGAAGAGAGAGUGCGGCAGGAAGUGGAAUUCACCAUCACAGAUAGGAAAGUGACGAGAAGGGUGUCCUGCCAAGCCUGUGUGCCCGUGAGGAAGUACAAGACGCUGCCUCCCAUCAAGAACCAGCAGCCUUUUAACCAACCUACCAGCUGGAGCCUGCAGAUCCCAAAGGACGAGUCCUCUUGGCCAUACCCCGAGCCACCUGUGCCAGUCACACUCUGCCUGGGCCUCACUGCUCGCGCCCAUGACACCGACUCCUUCCUGACCAACUUCUUCUCUGAGUUUCCCUGCCACUUCUUGUAUUGGGAACUGCCAAAGAAGAAGUCCCCUGGGGAGGAGCCAGAGAUUUCCAAGAAAGAUUUCACCAACAAGUGGGCCCCUGUCUCCAAGCAGAAGUCACUCCUUAUUGACUGUCUCACCGCCAUCAUCAGGGGUCUGUUGGAGGACAAGAACUUCCAUGAGGCUGUGAAUCAAAAUCUGGUGGAACAGGUGCCUUACUUCCGCCAGUUCUGGAACAAGCAGUCGUCCAGGGUCUCAGCCAGUCAGAACAGCCCGCACUUGAUGCCCAUUCUGUCCCCACCUCGCCAACUCGGGGAGGAGAGGAAAGGCCAAGAGCAAGAAGGGUUCAAACCAAAGCCAGGGAAGAAGGAAAUGAGGGAAAAGGAGGAGCCAGGGGAAGAGGAGGAGGAUGUGGAAGAGGAAGAGGAGGUAGAAAAAGAAGAGGGGAUGAGCAAGGAGAAAAUGGAGCAGGAGGAGAUGGAGGAGAAGGAAGAGAAGAUCACCUGCUCGGGACUGGAGCCCACCAUGAAGUCUAAGUCCCAGGAUUCCCUGAGCCAGCAAUGGCAGCAGCAGCUGAAGGACAUGAAGGAGGAUCGGGAGCAAGAUGAGAAGGAGGCCAUCAGUCGGCUCCCGGCCUUCGCCAACCUGCAGGAGGAGCUGCUGCUGAACAUGAUCCAGAACGUCCUGGUGGAAGCCAGCCGCGGGGAGGUGGUGCUCACCUCGCGGCAGCGCGUCAUCACCCUGCCGCCACUUGGCGCGUCCAGGAUAGUGACCCCGGAGCCACCGCAGACCCCCCCAAGUGCAGUAUCAGCGCAAGGAGUUGCCCCGCCCGGCUCCUCCCCACACCAGGAUAUCUGCGGAGGGGCGAGGCCGGUCCCUCGCACCCGCAGCCCUAGCCCCACCCCGACCCUCACCCCUACCUCCUCAAUAAAGCAUUUUGAUCUUUUUCCCUAUAUCUUUGACUGUUUGCUUCGGGAUGGACAGAGGAGGAGUCCCAGGGCUGCCCACAAUGACCCCGGGGGGUCUAGGGACCCGAGGAUGCGCCUCGCCACUGUGCCUCACGGCUGGCUGCCCUGA